UGAGUUACAACCCACUCCCUGGGUAAAAUCAGUGCUUCCAUACAGCCCCUAGGCAGUGAAGCCCCGUCACCGAACCUUUUUCUGUAAAGCCCCUGAAAUAAGUCGACUUCCACGGCCACGCGCCUGCUCUGGCGCCUCCACCUUCCCAGACCGGAGAGUUCAACCCUAAUGCCGCUGCCGCCGCAGGUCUGAGGUCAGCGAAUAUGGGUGGUGUGACGUCAUCGGUGGCCGCUAAGUUCGCCUUCUUCCCGCCCGACCCACCGUCUUACGGCGUGGUGGACGAGGAGCCGCUUCCGCCGGGCGUGGCUCCGGCGGGGAGUGACGCUGCAGCGCUUUCUAGGAGGGUGUUGAUGACGGGGGUUCUGUGGAGAGAGGGGGUGGAGGCACGUCGCCUCCGGACGCGGCGGGGCACGGAGAUCAUUGCCAUGUAUGUAGGGUGUCCUAAGGCGAGUCUCACCGUGCUGUACUCGCACGGCAAUGCCGCCGACCUCGGCAAGAUGUAUGAGCUCUUCAUAGAGUUCAGCGCUCGCCUCCACGUCAACAUCAUGGGGUAUGAUUAUUCUGGUUAUGGACGGUCAUCAGGCAAGGCAAGUGAAGCUAAUACAUUUGCUGACAUAGAGUCUGCAUAUAAAUGCCUUGUGGAGGUUUAUGGGACUAGGGAAGAAGACAUUGUUCUUUAUGGUCAAUCUGUCGGUAGUGGCCCCACUGUUGAUUUAGCUGCUCACUUGCAUCACAUAAGAGCAGUUGUUCUGCAUAGUCCCAUACUUUCUGGCCUGCGUGUCAUGUAUUCUGUGAAGAAAACAUACUGGUUUGACAUAUAUAAGAACAUCGAGAAAAUUCCCCAUGUUAAAUGCCCUGUUCUGGUGAUUCAUGGUACAAGUGACGAUGUUGUUGAUUUUUCCCAUGGAAAGCGGAUAUGGGAGCUGAGCCAACAGAAGUAUGAGCCUCUGUGGAUCGAGGGAGGCGAUCACUGUAACUUGGAGACCUUCCCAGUGUACAUAAGGCAUCUGAAGAAGUUUCUGUCGGCUGUAGAGAAGUUGCCUGCUGGAAAAGAAGCAGCACCUGAGAGUGAGAAGUUGCUAGCUGGAAAUGAAAAACCUUCAGAUAGCGUCGCUCUUUCUGAGGCGCAUUUGAUGACCUCGCAGAGGUUAGAGCCAUCGAGGAAGAGCUCAAGGCAUGAGCAGCCUCCUAGGCUGAGCACUGAACGUGUAGAUAAACACCAUCGAAGUACAGACGUCAGGGAAAAGACAAGGUCCAUCACACAUAAGGAGAGAUCAAGGAGAAGUGUCGAUACAUUUGACAGGACAAGAGAUGAAAAUGAACAGACAGACAAACCAAGGAAAAGCAUUGACAGGCUUGGCGAGAUGAUUAGAUCAAUGGGCCUAUGCAAUGUUGAUUGCUUCAAAGAGCCUUCUCGAGAAACCGAGGCUUGCUGAGUCAGUGAGUGGUUUUUCAUAUGUAGUUAUAGAAUCGUUUUGUUUCUCUUUGCAGCGGCAGAGUCAACAAUGGUUUGUGUGGUCUUGCUGAUGAAAAUUGUAAAAUUGUCCACGAACAGCAAAGAUAAAUAUAGUGCAACUCCUUGAAUUGAGCUUUA